AUGACUAAAUAUUAUCUGCAAUCAAAUGAUAGUUAUUAAUUAAUUUUAUUUAAACUCGGAAUGGAAAUUUGCUCAUCCAAACUCAAUUGGCUUAUUCACAUUAAGAAAUUAUUUCAGAAAAAUAGCAUCAUGAACAUAUCCGAUCUCAUUAAUUAAUUAAAAGAUGAAACAAUCAUAGAUUGCCCCAAUCCAUAGGAUGAAUUGUUCUCUUUGGAUGAAGUUAUCGAAGAAGUUUAUAAGUUCAAUAAAAAACGAUUAACUUAUGACGAUUUCUUUUAAAUAAUUGGUAAUCUACAUUAAUAGGAUCAUUAAUUAUCCACUUGUGUGAACUCCUUGGCUGAUUCUAUUAACGAUUUGACUUUGAGUGACACUAAGGUCAAAUAGGAAAUCAGAGUAUCUUAUAAUGAUCCAACUAAACUUAUCAAAACAUAAUAAAGCUAUAAGGUUACAAGACUAUCCAAAAGUCCUCGCAUGAAAAUAGAGAAUUUGCAAGAAGCCCAGAAGAGAUUACUAGCUAAAAUCACCGACAUUGAAAAUGAAAUAGAACAUCAGAAAUAAUAGCAUCAAUUAAAGAAACCUCACUAAUUAUUAAUUAAGGAAUUGACCAAGCAGCUCACAUCAAAUUCAGAUGAAAUUGUUCUAAAUGGUGUACAUAAUUUUACUCUCUAAGACUUUUAUCUUGUCCUCCAUAAUGUCAAUAAAGCAAUAUUCAAUAUUUCGAUACUCACUUUCUAAGAGAGAUGCUAAGAAAUAAGAGAAGUCUCGAUGAUAUUUAAAAAUUUACAAGCAUUGAGCAUAAACAACCUCCAAAUAAAAGAACUCAAAUUGGAAGAACUCAUAGAGUUAAAAGUGCUAUCUGUUGCUGGAAAUCAAUUGAAAAAUCUAGAGGGUUUGCCUCCUAAUUUAAUAGAACUUUAUGCCUAAAAUAAUCUAAUUUCAUCACUUUCAAGCACAAAAUCACUCAAAAUCUUUAACAUAAGUGCAAAUCAGCUUAGUCAAUUGAAUCAAUUAACUCACAUCAAUAAAUCCUUAGAAUUCAUUAAUUGUAAUCAUAAUAUUUGUGCAAACUCCAAAGAUUAUAAGAGACUGUUAUUCAAAAUCUUUCCGAAUUUAAAAGGAGUUGACAAAGAAGAUCUAUUAUAACAUUCUAUUAUACAAUAAACUGGUUUUCAUUACAAAAAAGAGAUGAUGGAUUUUUCCUUCAGUUAAUUCUGA